AUGGAAGAGCCCAUCGAGAUCACCAUGGAGCAAAUCCCAGCCACCGUGGGAAAAAUCGUUGCUGGAAAAGUCGUAGUGGAAAAGUCCACCACAGAUGUUUUCAUGAGUAUUGACUCCGAAGACGCUAACGAGAUUGCACGCGGGCGCCGAUCCCACGAACAUCGCAGUUACCCGCUUCCCGAGAGCAUCGAACGCAUUUGGCUCUAUAGCAAAUCUCCCGUCAAUGCGAUCGAAUAUGUGAUCUGCAUCUCACACGAGGACUCAGAGCCUAUUGCCCCGGAUGAGAACCACCGAUACAGCUACAAGAUCAACCAAGUGUGGAUGCUGAGGCAUCCCGUUGGAAUCCGGCAUGCUGUCGCCAUAGGUGCUCUGGCCCGUGCACCUGGGAAGUACUGCUGGGUACCAAUGAGUUUCUUGAAGAAGCGACCUUACGAUAAACAGUACCAUCUGAGACAGAAAUGA